AUGCUAUCAUUAAGAGCCCUGUCACGGGCUUUGCCUAAGACUCUGUUCAACAAAUCUCCUGUUCGGUGUCUUUCAUCAGUUUCGAGGACUGCCUUCUAUCGACCUGUCUGGCAACCGGCCACCAGAACAACCUAUCCCGCUUUCUCAACAUCAUGUGCCCGCAGAGAGCCUGCUGGCGAGUCUGAUCAAGAACUAUCGGCCAAGAUCGAACAAGAAUACCAACUCGAAGUCGAAAACAACGAUAGCUCAAAGCUUACACCGCUCAACGACUAUCUGAGUGAUAGCGGCUUUGAAAUCACAGAUGUCCCGGGAACACACGAGGUCACACUGACGAAAACGUUUGGUAACGAACAGAUCAAGAUUGAAUUUAGCAUCUCCGACAUCAAUAACCUCGACGAAGAAUUCGACCAGUCGGAGGAGGAUGAUGCCUUUGAUGAUGAAGCAGAAUUUGACAGUGGCAAGAACACCAUCAACCAGGCUGGUGUAAGAGGAGGCAAGGUCGAUGUUCUGCCCGAAGACAGCAUUGCUCCAGCAGAUAGGGAUGCUGGAGAAGCUCCAGAGGACUACCCGACCACUCCAGCUUUCCCCAUUGAUCUUCGCAUCAUCAUCACCAAGCCCGGUGACCAAGCGCUGGAGAUUCACGCCGUGGCCGCAGACGGAACUAUUGAGCCUCAAACCAUCAACUACGCGCCCAAGGCAUCGGCAUUACUGGCAAAGAGCGGCAAGGAUGCCCAGGAGGUGCAGGCCCAAUACUAUGGCCCCCCUGUGAGCAAUUUAGAUGCCGAGUUGCAGCUUCUCUUGGAGAGAUAUCUCGAGGACCGAGGAAUCAACACCGAGCUGGCCAACUUCCUCCCUGAUUAUGUUGAGUACAAGGAGCAGAAGGAAUAUGUUUCGUGGCUUCAAAGCCUGAAGAAGUUCAUCGACAUCUGA